AUGUCCACUUUGACGCUACAAUCCAAGCUGAAAUUGCGCGAUGGAAACGAAAUUCCGUUGCUUGGUUUUGGCACAUAUGAACUGGUGGGAAAGGAUGCGUACAAAGCGGUGACAUGGGCUUUAGAGGCAGGCUAUCGUCACAUUGAUUCCGCGACAUGGUAUGAAAACGAGGCAGAAUGUGGUCAAGCCAUCCGUGACUUCUGUACCCGUACCAGCACGCCGCGCUCCGAGAUAUUCUACACUACAAAACUGAAAGACAACAAAGGUCUCGCCGCAACGACGAAGGCGAUUCAAUUCUCGUUGGAUGCCUGCGGCCUUGGCUAUAUUGACUUGUAUCUCAUCCAUGGGCCUUGGGGCGGUCCGCGAAUGAGGAAGGAAGCCUGGGAGGCUAUUCUACUCGCACAGAAGGAGGGAAAGCUGAAGAGUGUGGGAGUCAGCACAUUUGGGGUCAGGCACUUGAAAGAACUGGCGGAUGCGGGAUUAGAUACACCUACGGUUCAUCAGAUUGACCUCCAUCCAUUCAUGGCUCGCACAGAAAUUGUAGCAUACUGCAAAGAACGCGAGGUCGCGCUAGAGGCCUGGGCGUCGUUAGCUCGGGGGAUGCGCAUGUCUCAUCCAUCGAUUACCAAACUGGCCAGGAAAUAUAACAAGGAGUCGGCUCAUAUAUUUCUACGCUAUUCGUUACAAAAGGGCUACAUUCCAUUGGUUAAGUCGGCGUCACAGAGCCGGAUAGUAUCUAACGCACAACUGUACGACUUCUCACUGGAAGAGGAGGAUAUGACUCACCUGGACAGUCUGAACGAGAAUUUGGUGACUGACUGGGAUCCUACGGAUAGCCCAUGA